AUGGGGCAAGAGGACACGUUUUGUGAAAAACCUGAGCCUGGAGACCUGAUUGAGAUUUUUCACAUUGGCUACAAGGAUUGGGCCAUCUACGUGGGAGAUGGUUAUGUGAUCCAUCUGGCUCCUCCAAGUGAGUUCCCCAGAUUUGGUUCCUCCAAAAUGUUCAUGUUUCUGAGCCGCAAGGCUGUGGUGGCAAAUGAUCCCCUAGAGGAUGUGGCAUGGGGCUGCCUUUACCGGGUCAACAACCACUUGGACCAUCAGUACCGACCACGGCCUGUUGAUGAAAUCAUCGGUUCUGCAAAGAAGAUGAUUGGUGACAAGAAGACUUACAAGGUUUUAUUUGAGAACAGUGAGGACUUUGUCACUGAUCUGAGAUAUGGCUGGCCCCGCUGCAAGUUGUCAUGCCAAGAUCCACAACCUGGAGACCUGAUUGCAAUUUCUCGUGCUGCCUAUAAGCACUGGGCCAUUUAUAUGGGAGAUGGGAUCCAGGUUGUGGUGAAACAGGAGCCUCUGAAGGAAGUGGUGAAGGAAGAUGAGUACUGGGUCAGCAACUACUUGGACUGUAAGUACAAACCACGACCUGUUGAUGAGAUCAUCAGUUUGGCGAAGAAGACAAUUGGUAAGAAGGUGAAGUACAACCUUCUGUGUUGCAACUGUGAGCACUUUGCCACAGAAUUGAGAUAUGGCAGGCGCCACAGCAAGCAGUGGCCGGCAGUGUACCAGGCUGUGGCUACUUUGUUAGCCCGUGUCCUGGAGUAG